AUGGGACCGAAGAAGCCACAAAUUGGCACCACUGGACGAAGGAAGACAGAUAAUCAUUCGAAAGGCCACACGUUACCAAAUGGGGAUGGUUACGACAAAGGAAUACGGAGUGGCACGGCAGGACCCGGCCUAGGUGUAGGAGGGGUCGGUAGUGGAGCCGCGGGCGGCUCUCUUGCAAACGCCGGACAGGAUAAAGAAGAGUUGGAUGCGUAUAAUGAGCCGGUAAAAAAAGUAGUGGUACCCGAAAAUCAAUUGAAACUCUCGCCGCAAGAGCUGUCUGAAGAAUUUUCGCGGGUGCUCACAGCGAAUGAUCCAAAUGUGCCUAAUAAUAUCUCGAAGUAUAAUUACAAGGAGCGAACCUACAAGGUAGAUCCGCCUGGACCAGGAGAUCAUUUACACAUGCAUUUCUGCUACGACGGUAGCAUGAUGCACAAAGAGUCAGAAGAUGCGAAAACUCAAACGGCUUUUGACCAAAAGUAUGCUGAGGAAGAAAAAGAAGCGCAUGAGCUGGGCGUUCAACUGGCAAAGGAAGAAGCGGAGGCGAAAGGGGAAAAAUUCAAUAUGGCUGCUUUGUCCUUUGAGUCAGGCAAGAAUCAGUUUAACUACAGCGAGCGUGCAGCGCAGACAUUUACUAAUCCGUUGCGAAUACGUACCGUUGAGACUACCCCGCCACCCAUCGUGAGCUAUAUGGCCACUGUAACACAGUUUGAGAUUUAUGAUACUUUUAUGGAGGCUUACGAGCAGCAUCAACGCGAACAACUUCAGCUUCAAAAAGUAGGUCAAAGAAAGGAUAAAGACGAGAAAGAUGGUGCAGGUGCGACUGCAGGAGGAGACCUAUCAUCGGCUGUCUCUACAACGUCAGCUGGAACAACUGUUCCAAAUGGUGGGGGAAUAGGCAAAAGCAAUGACAUGGUACACUCGUUUGCGAUGGGAAAGACGUUACGCAUUAUCGAGCGCAUGGUGAAUCAAAAUACUGAUGAUGAAAUUUUCAGUGACCUUAAGUAUUGGGAGGACGCCAGUGACCAGUUUCGCGAAGGAGAAGGUUCAUUGUUGCCGUUAUGGCGAUUCUCGAGCGAUCGAGCCAAAAAGAGGCAAGUGACAGCAGUGUGCUGGAACCCGCGCUUUGGCGAUCUUUUUGCCGUUGGCUUCGGCUCGUACGACUUCUUAAAACAAGACAGUGGUGUUCUAUGUUGUUUCUCUCUCAAAAAUGCGUCUCAUCCUGAGUAUACCUUCAUUACAGAGUCAGGAGUCAUGUGUCUCGACUUUCACCCUCAACAUGCUGCCUUGCUUGCCGUUGGGUGUUAUGAUGGCACCGUACUUGUUUACGAUGUUCGCAGUAAGACAAACCGGCCGAUUUAUGUGGCUACAAUCAAGACAGGCAAACACAUGGACCCUGUAUGGCAAGUGAUAUGGCAGGAGGAAGACCUCGCUAAAGAGCUUAAUUUUUAUUCGAUAUCAUCGGAUGGACGAGUCGCUAAUUGGAUACUGAGCAAAAAUGAGCUAAAAAUGGAGCCUGUAAUGCAGCUAAAGCUGGUAGCCGCUGCAAAAGAUGACCCCGAAGAUGCUUCAAUAUCUGGACUUGCUGGUGGAUGCUGCUUUGAUUUUAACCGUUUCAGCGAGCACAUUUUUAUCAUCGGCACGGAGGAAGGCAAGUAUACGCUGUGCGUUGGAACCCUUUCCAUGAGCGAGCUUUUCUGUCGUGUAGUGCCGAUUGGACCGUAA